GCUGCGGGGGCGCCAUCCGGCAGUUGGGGACGAACAGCAACCUCCCAGCCGACGACUAGCUAGCUCCUACCCACCCCCACCAACCACUGCCGCCGGCAACCAGGGAGCUUCACAUCCAUCCUCCGCGCGCGCCCUUUUCGUUGGUGCGCACCUAACCUUUCUGCCUGCCUGCCGGCUGCGAGCGAGCGACCACUACAAGUGAGCUAGCGAGGCCGGCGGUGUCGGGGAUGAAGAAGCUCUACCAGGGGAAGGGCCGGCGGGUGCACCCGGCGCCGCCGCCGGCGCCCGACGCUGCCCUCGCGCUCCUCCCGGCCGCCCUGCUCGCCCUCGCCGCCACCCUCGCGCCCGAGGAGCAGGAGGUGCUCGCCUACCUGCUCUCCGGCAUCGGCACCGGCGGCGGAGGAGCACCAAGUGGUCGGCGCAGCACCAAGCGCCACAACGGGCCGCACCAGCCGGAGAUGGGCUGCGGCUGCUUCGGCUGCUACAAGACCUACUGGGCGCGCUGGGACGCCUCCCCCAACCGCCACCUCAUCCACCGCAUCAUCGACGCCGUCGAGGAGGGCUCCUCCGCCGCCGCCAGCCCCGCCGGCCCCACGCGCCGCCGCCGCCGCCGUGGUGGGCGCGCCGGCCACGCCCUCGACUCCGCCGCCGCUGCCGACGCCCCCCUGCCAGACGCAUGCCGCGUUGACCUCCAGCCCUGCUGCGCCUCCGACGGCGGCGCGGACGACGACGGCGACUACGAGGGCGACGACGACGACGGCGCCGACAGCGUCUACGGCGGCGGGGACGGCGAUGACGCCCUGACGGACGACAGCGACUGCAGCGCCAGCGCUUCUGCCGAGAAGAGCGCCGUCGGGAAGCUCGUGCGCUUCAUCGGCGAGAAGGUCUGGGCCGCCUGGACCUGAGCCACCCACCUCA